AUGCUGGAGGCGGAGGCGAGUGCGCGAGUGCCGCUCGGGGUGCAGGCUGCGCACGACCCGUGCUUGCUCCGACGCCGACGUCGGGCGAUCGAGCUGCUCGGCGAGGUAGCGGCUGGUGCCGGGGGCGCGCAGGCCGACGGCGGGGCUGGCACGGAGGAGGUCGCGGCGUUGCGGAGGAGCUCGCUCGCUCGGAUCGAGAGCGCGAGGCGGCUCAGUCCGGCUCUGCUGCAGCUGCUCAUGGAGUGCGGCGCGUGCGAGCAGGCGCUGUCUUUCGUCGAGAAUGAUGUGCUCGACGUGCAGACGCUGCGGCUGCUGGAGUUGCGCGCGCUGCUCGACGUGGGGGUCAGGCUCGGGCAGGCGGCACGGCUGCUUGCCGCCGCGGCCACAGCGCCGCACCCGCACCCAGCAGAUGCCCCACACCGAGCCGCCUCCCCCUAUCGCGCAGCGGGGAAGGAGGAGGUGUAG